GGGUGACAGUAAAGGCGGAAGUGCUGCAGGUGUAAACACAGACACGGUGCGGUGAUGAUAAUAAGCUGUAGAAGUUAUUUAUAUGUAAACAGUCUCCCUGUUACGGUCAAUUAUUGUUAUUUUCGUUUAUUUCCAUUAUUUUAUAACAGACUGUGAGAGCGUCAGAAUGUUGAAAGCUGUAAUUCUCAUCGGAGGAGCACAGAAAGGUACGCGGUUCCGCCCGCUCUCUUUCGAGGUUCCAAAACCGCUGUUUCCUGUGGCAGGAGUUCCCAUGCUCCAACACCACAUCGAGGCCUGCGCUAAGGUUCCGAACAUGAAGGAGAUCUUACUGAUCGGAUUUUAUCAGCCGAACGAGGAGCUGAACCGUUUCUUAUCCUCAACACAGCAGGAGUUUAAAAUCCCAGUGAGGUACCUGCAGGAGUACGCGGCUCUGGGAACAGGAGGAGGGAUCUAUCACUUCAGAGAUCAGAUCCUGUCCGGUUCUCCUCAGGAGUUCUUCGUCCUGAAUGCAGAUGUGUGCUCGGAGUUUCCUCUGGAGGACAUGCUGCGCUUCCAGAAGGAACACGGAGAUGCCAACAGCUUCAUCAUCCUCGCUACCACGGCCAACAGGAAACAGUCACUGAACUACGGCUGUAUCGUGGAGAACGAACAAACCAGUGAGGUGCUGCACUAUGUGGAGAAGCCGAGUACGUUCGUCAGUGACAUCAUUAACUGUGGGAUUUAUCUCUUCACUCCGGAGAUCUUCCAACACAUCGGAGCCGUGUUUCGGAAAAACCAGCAGGAGGUCAUGCUGUAUCCAUACGAGGGAGACGAGCAGUGUAAUGGCUGGCAGAGAGCCGAGGUGAUCCGUCUGGAGCAGGAUAUUUUCACGGCUCUGGCGGCUCAGGAGAAACUCUACGUCUAUAAAACUGACCGAUUCUGGAGUCAGAUUAAAUCUGCAGGGUCAGCUAUCUAUGCCAGUCGCCUGUAUCUGAACCAGUACCAUAAGACCCACCCUGAGAGACUGGCCACCAACAAGGACGGAGGACCCAAAAUAAUUGGAAAUGUUUACGUCCAUCCGACUGCUAACAUUGACCCCACUGCUGUGUUGGGUCCAAACGUGUCAAUAGGAACCGGAGUGACGAUCGGCGCUGGGGUUCGGGUCAGAGAGUCCAUCAUCCUACAUGGAGCCACGUUACAGGAUCACUGCUGUGUGUUGAACAGUAUAAUCGGAUGGGACAGCACCAUUGGGAAGUGGGCGAGAGUGGAGGGAACGCCGAGUGACCCGAACCCCAACGACCCGUACGCCAAAAUUGACAGCGAGACUCUGUUCAGAGACGGAAAACUAACACCAUCCAUCACCAUCCUGGGCUGUAAAGUGACGAUCCCGUCUGAGGUCAUCAUCCUCAACUCCAUCGUCCUGCCGCACAAAGACCUGAACCGCAGCUUUAAGAACCAGAUCAUCCUGUAACAGUGUCCACUCUCGGGCUACUCCGUGUGGUGUUAAAAGUAUUGGCGCCCCUCUUCAGUCCUGUUCAGUAUGAGGCUGCGUGUUUGGAAAUAAAUCAGUUCAGAAAUUAUUUUAUUUAGUACUUUAUUUUAGACAGAAUUCCCAAACUCACUUUACUGUUCAUGUCCAGUUACUGUUAUUUCUUUGAAUAAUUUGUUUCAUUAGUUUUCUCUAAUAGUUUUAUUCUAACUAGUCUAGAUUUAUUUAACCGCGAUUGUCCAGUCAGUUCUGCUAUUGGUUAAAAUCAGUCACAUGGUUUGCACAGACUGUAGCAGGAUUAGUGUUUAUUUUAUCAGAGAGUUGUGUUUAUUUUUGUCUUUUUUCUUAAUAAAUAAUUAAAUAUCAGUUCAGUAAAGAGAGCAGGCAUGACUCUGAGGUUCUGAGGAUAUUAACUAAGUAAACAUAACUAGCUAAUGAGCAGUAGUAAGCAGCAGGAACUAGCUCUGGUUGAUUUUUAGUGAAAUGUGCUGAUAUCAGCUGGACAGGUCAUUCAGACUCAGCCUCACUCUCAUGUUUAUUUAUGGAAUUCCUCCAAGCUGCUUUAAGACGUGAAUCUUUAAAAAAUACAGAUGAAUAUUUGUAUGUUUUUGGUAAACGUCAUGUUUUUUUUCCUGCCAAAAAUGCACACACUGUUUAUUUUCUGUUCGGCAACUUUAAUAAUCAGGUCAAAGUACAAAUAUAUGUGUGUGUGUGUGUGUUUAAUAAAAUAAAGAGUCAAAAGGA